AGUCUUGUGGAGAAAUCGCGUCUCAUUUUAGUCCAUAUUUUGGAGUAUGAAAUAUUCUUGAGAUUUUAGUGAAACUGACAAAAAAAAUUAGUAGAAAUUUUUGAAAUUUUAGAGUGAAAUUGAGAAAACUAUUCAAAAAUAGAUCACCUGAAACAAUUUUGUUUCACAAAAUAAUUUUUGAUUGUUUAGACAAAAAAUAGGUUCUCGGGAUAGGUUUACGUACAUUUGAUACAUUUCUGAGUACCUUGGUUUUGACACGUUUCAGCGUAAAUCCUUUGAUCUGAAAUCUCAGGAUUCGAUUUUCCGUGUAUGAAGUGAAAGUCCCGUUAUUAUGUCAGUCUCAAUUUUGAAUAGCGUGGCUUGCAAGUGAAAGUGCUAUCGGACGGACGUUUGUGUCCAAAACGUGCUUCGGCUGAUUGCUGAUAUUGUUGAUACGUGUUCUUGACAGGAUAAUGAGUUACUUUAAGAUACGAUAGAUAGAUAUCACAUCACAUCCGUUGACUGGUAGUUUCGUAAGGGCUUCGUGUAAGAAAAAGGGAAAAUUUGAUCACAUGGAAAGUUGGGUUGAUCUCUGAUGCUGAUCGUGAUAACGGGGUUCAACCCGUGAUUUUUUUGGUGUGAUUCAUGUCAUUAUGAGGUGCUUACAUAUCGUGAAGUAAAGAAAAUCAUAUAGCAAGAAAGUGAAUUCUUCUAUCUCGUUUCUGGAACGAAAUUAAUUGCCAAAAUUGUGUGCCAGUGAUUUAAUUUGACUGAGUGGCACAAAUUGAAAGCAGUGACCUACCAUACUUUCUCCAAUAAUACAGACUUUUAUCAUCACCAGCCAGCCACGCUAUUUUUGCGUCCAUUUAGAAAUUAAGUCGAAAUAAUUGAAAAUAAGGUCUCUUCAUUUGCUGGAAAAUUCUCUCUCAUUUUAAACCCACUUUACUUGCCUGUCUCAAAACGAUUCUGAAUUCUUAGCAAGUACUGAAUAACUCUAUUACACAAUUUAUUCGAUUAUUCAAUCCACCAUGUCACAAUUUUGUAUCCUUGUUGCUCUUCUCUUGGUGUCGUCUACUCUGACUUUCGCCCAAGAAAAAACUCACCUUGAACUCGAACAAGAUUUCUCUCAAGUUAUUAAAAAGGACACCAGACUUGUUCCAAAUUUUAAUUUUUCACGAUCAAAGCGUCGCGUGGACAAGGGUCGAAAUCGUACCAGGACUUCUUCGUCGUCAGCCUCGAUCUGUCCUGCAGGACAUUUUUCCUGUUCAAAUUCCAAUAUUUGCAUCCCUCAAGCAGCAAAUUGCAACGGCCGAAUCGAAUGUCCGGACGGCUCGGAUGAAAAAGAUUGUCUCGACCCUCACGUCAAGGGGAUGUGGGACUCAGUUUUUGUCAAGCGGCCGGAUGAGGAUGCGGAAAAGUUGAAUGGAACUUGUUGGUAUAUGCUGGACCCGAUCGGCUCAGAAUCCGAGUUCACGUUGGAGGGGAAAACUUUGCGAGAAAAUAAUGUAGAAAAACAAGAAAAGAGGCCGAUUUCACUCUCGCCUAUUUAUUCUUCUGAUCGUGCCAUCGGACUUGUGUCGUCGGAUCGAGAUGAAAUACAUUCGGAUCAAGAUAACCGACAAGAUAACCAGGACAGUUAUCAUCUUUCGGACGUUUGGGCGGAGAAAGGAUGUCUCUGCACGGAGGAAAAGUUAUUCUGUCAAAACUUGAGACUUGCCAAUCUCAACUUCAUUCCGGAGGACGUUGCAUUUCUAGAUUUAAGUGGAAGUCGAGUGGAAAACAUGGAUUUUAAUUCUUCCCCAUUUCCAUCUCUGCACACUUUGAUCUUGUCGGGUUGUUAUGUGGAAGAAAUUGUUCCAGGAGCUUUGGGAAAGUUGAGAAAGUUGAGGGUGCUAUACUUGACAAACAACAGGCUCCGAUACUUGGCAAAGGGUCUUUUCACACCCUCGGUGAAAGUGGAUUUGGACGUGGGAGGAAAUUCGGAUAACGUCACUGGUGAAAACAGCAAUAUUCGAAGACUGUUUUUGGACUAUAAUCAAAUCUCGGUGAUACAAGAGGGCUCUUUCCGUGGGCUUGAGGGACUGGUGGAAUUAAACUUACGCCACAACCUGAUCACUGGGCGAGAAAUGAAUGUUUUUCAGCCAUUGAAAAAAUUAAAGAUUUUACACUUGAACCACAAUCGAAUUGAAUCCAUCCGAAUCAAUUUGUUGAAUGGGCUGGAUAAUUUGGAGACACUUUCCCUUCACAGCAAUUCCAUUACUCACGUGGAAAUCGGAGCUUUCGAUCGUUUGCAGAAUUUGAAACAACUCUACCUCAACUGGAACAAGUUACGCGUUUUGGAAAGUCAUGUCUUUUGCAAUCUCCAAAAUCUUGGCACACUGAAUCUGAGAGGAAACGAGAUUGCAGUGAUUGAAGGAGAAGCUUUCUCCUGUCUGCACAGCCUCACAUCUUUAAAUCUGGGUGAAAAUCACUUCCGAGAAAUUGCUAAUGCUGGAGAAAUAUUUCAAAAUUUGACAUCCUUGGAAUACAUAUAUUUCGAUCUCUACUGGAUGUGCUCCUGGGCGAAUCAUGUUCGCAAUUGUGAACCAAAAUCUGACGGGAUUUCAUCCAUUACAAACCUUCUGGAUAAUAUGGUGCUGCGAGUUUGCGUUUGGAUAAUGGGGAUUCUUUCCAUCGUGGGAAAUAUUUUCGUCAUCUUUUGCCGAAUGAUGAUCCGUGAGCCGAAUCGCGUCCACUCCUUUUAUAUUCGCAAUCUGGCAGUGGCGGACUUGCUGAUGGGCGUCUUUCUCUUAAGCAUUGCUGCACAUGAUGUCGCUUAUCGGGGGCAGUUUCUCCGAUAUCAGUUUCAAUGGAGGCAUUCCGCCAUGUGCCAAAUUUCAGGCAUGUUGUCCACCCUUUCAUCCGAGGCUUCGGUUCUUAUUCUGUUUCUCAUCACGUUGGAUCGCUAUUUGUCAAUUGUUCGACCCUUUGCGGAGAAGAAUAGCUCGAUGAAUGUCGCCUACAGUAUUUGUGGAAGUCUUUGGUUAUGCAGCUUUAUCUUGGCUGCGACUCCGCUACUUGGGCCAUUUUCAUCCUAUUUUGAUGGGUUUUAUGCCUCGAAUGGUCUCUGCCUACCGCUGCACAUCCACAAUCCGUACGAUUCAGGCUGGGAGUACUCCUUCUUUCUCUUUGUCCUAAUCAAUUCUUGUGCGUUUAUCUUUAUGUGUUUUGCAUACAUCAAAAUGUUUGAGGUAAUUCGGGACUCGACUUUGACGACGAGAAGUACUCAACAGAAACAGGAUAGCAUAUUGGCUAAGCGUUUCGCUCUCGUCGUCGUGACUGAUUUCCUUUGCUGGGCACCCAUCGUCGUGGCGAAAGUAGUCGGAAUGUCAGGAGUCUCCAUUCCAUCCGAACUGAACGCCUGGCUCGCCGUAUUUGCACUUCCUGUAAAUUCAUCCCUAAACCCGAUAAUUUACACGAUAACGACAAAGCUAUUUCAACAACAGAUGGGAAAGUUGACCAGGAGCUUUCACUCCAGACUUAUGCGGAGGUCACCAGAUGCAGAUCAGUCUUCAUCAAUUUUUCGAUAUCGGACGACACGGUCUGGCACCGGAAACACGUCGUUGCACUCUAUCCGUCAAAAUAUAACGGCCGGAUCGCGACAAAAUAAGAAUAAUUUUAACCCUAAUUUACAAGCCAUCCCGAUGAAAAAUAUUGUCACACUGCCCGACCCGAUUUUUAACCAGUGUGAAAAUCGGACCCAUUUUCACCCCAAAAAAUCAAAGAGUAGAAAUAACAAGUGUGAUGAUGAACAUUCCCAUUUUACGUCGGCAUGUUCAACAUCGUUUGGAAAUCUGUGUGAUUUAGGGGGGAUUGAGGAUCUGGGUGGAAAUAAUAAGUCUGUCGUGGUCGUUAUAAGGAACGAGGGGGAGAGCGAGAUUCUCUAAUUUAAUUGUGGUGGUGGUAAUUAAUUUAAUUGUGUAAAUUAACAUGUAAAUUAGUACAGCUAUAUAAAUGUGUAAAUUAAAUGCUUAUUGUGACCAUAUUAUUGUGUAAAGUAAAAAAUGAAUGGCAUGAUUUUA